UUCUUCUUCUUCGGAGUUAGUGGAGCGACAUUUCCAGUAAACGUGAGCUUCCCAUAUCAGGAAGAGAGACUCUGAGGACGCAGUGAAUUCUAGCUUCACUUUCACACACAAUGGGUCAAGAGGACUGAGCUGGAUUUUAGUUUUCGAAGGACCUAAGGCAAAUGAAUCGUUUCACCAUGGGAUUAAAAAGUCGAGUUGGCGUUCGGAACACUUUUGUCCUGCUGAUUUUAGGAAAUAUUGCGACUGUAAUAUCUCUUCAUGGCCAAAGUCUUGACUGUACCAACGACUUCGAGGAGUUUAUGUUUUGCAGCUUUGGAGGGGAAAACUGUACUGAAUACAAUAUGACUCUAAAGUGGGACAAGUGGUACGGGGAGAAGGGUUGCAUUUUCAGCCAGUGCGACGUUGGACAGUGUUGUUGCUCCGUCCAGAUGAAUUACUUUGUAAUAAACAAUACGCAUACAGCAACAGUUUGGAAAAAUGGCGAAAGCAUAGAGACCAAAACCAUCAGCGUCACAGACAGCAUAAAGCCAAAAACCCCAACAAUAAUUUCAGUUGAUGAAUCCAACGGGAACUAUCAAGUUGUGUGGUUGACAAACACGGAGCAGGAGAGAAGUUUCACUCAGCACCUGACUGCUGAAGUGACUUACUAUGAAAAAGGAUGCACAGAUAAGGUUUCUGUAAAGGUCAACCAAACUGCUGAUGGUGGAAGGAACUACUAUGAAAUUCAAGGCCGACUCUUGAACUCAAGCACAACUUAUGUGGUCAGUGUGAAAAGCUUCAUCGAUUGGAGCGGAAAAUACAGUGACAGUAGUAAUGAGUGGGAAUUUACAACCCCUGUGUCCUCAAAUACUCUGUUUUUGGCCAUCGUCAUCGGGCUCAGUGUGGCUGCAGUCCUCAUCAGUGGAGUUAUAUAUGGCUGUUAUGUAAAGCUCAAAAAUAAGUGGUUGGACACAGUUGCCAAAUGUCCGAAUCCGAAACUUCUUGAUAUGCAUUCAAGCGAGCAAGAGGUCUUGAAGCCUGUGCGGCCCAUCAUCUCCUCUGUCUGUGUUGAGCCUUUCUCAGAUGACAGCAAAACGUGGUUAAAGGAUUCACUGAAGGACUUUAGCAGUGGCAGCAAUCAGCAAAGUAGUGGAAUCAGCACUGGCUCCUCUUGUCUCAGCUACGCUAACACAGAACCAGCUGACAUCAUAGCCGAAGUCCAGGAUGCCCUCAGGAAAACUUUUGCCAACAUCUGCCCAAUAUCACCUAUGACCACCAGCCUUCUUACAGACUCUAACACAAACAGCGGUCUGCUGUGUGAUCCACACAGCCCCUGUGAUGUCAGAGCUGAAGACGGGAGCUCAGGAUCGUCUGCAUUUCUUAAUCAAACCUACUCCCUCCUCAUUCCCAACUGUCCUGCUCAGAUUAAGACGGACAUCUCUGAUGUCCCGAAACAGAAUGAAAUGUUCUGUGAAUCUGCAUACUGUCCUAGUGAGGGUAUCACUGUGAUCUCUUACCAACAGGCACCAGCAUGUCCACUCAUCAACUUAACUCCAGAGGUUUCGUCCUUGUUGCCCCCAGACAUGUCAUAUCAGCCUUGCAAUGCAGAUUCUGGGAGAUUUUCAUCCGCUGAAGACUCCGGUUCAUCCGCCUUCUCUAGUGGAAGGGAUACAGCUGCGUCGUGUGAUCCUGGUUCCAGAGUUAAAGCUGCAUGUGAGAUCUUGGAAAAUGAAAACCCUGAACAGGUCACUGUAUGUGAUGAAAAUCCCUGCUACGGCUCCACUGCAGGCUCCCAGAGCUUUCCUCCAGAUUGCGACUAUCAGCCGUUUCAAAAUCUAGUGGAGCAGCCGUGUAUUUUGCUUUCAGAGAAGAGGAGUGAUGAAAACGAGAAACAUUUGGCCAAACAGCCACAAGAAUUCUUCAUAACGAUGCCUCAAACACUCUUAAACCCAGUUGUAGCGUGUCCCACUUCCAAUGGCCGGUGUCUAUCUGAGCUGCAGAGACCUUUUCUGUCCCUGAGCUCAGCUGACCAGUUCUCACCAGUCAUCACAGACAGCGGCUAUCACUGUGUUUAGAGCUACAUUUUAUGCCCACAAAAUGUAUUUAUUUUUGUUUGAGUAUCAAACAUUUUUCGGCAAUGUAAAGCAUGAAAGGGAGUGGCAACACUGUGAAUGUUGUUCACAUCUUUAGCAUCACUCUGGUUUCCGCUUGAUUGAACUUGAAAACAGUCGAAGACAAAGAGACCUCAACUCAAGGUCUUUUAAGAAGCUGUUCUUAAUCUCAUCAGGAUCAGGAUCUUUCUCGUCACAAUGAGUUUUCACUGUUGUCAUAUAAAUACACAACUUAUGGUAUAGUUUAUUUUUAUUCUCAUCAUCAGCAUUUUUUUACAUUUCCAUGACAUCAUCAGUUUAUGAACAGAUUUUUAGUUGACAUACUUCUCUCAACUCAAUCAGUCUGUUUUAAAGGUUGUACAUGUUUUUCCUGCUACGCUGAUUUCAAGAAUCAGCUGCACAUCUUUGAAUUUUAAAUACAUUUAAAUUGUUAAAUUGAAUACCGCUUUGCCACUGUGUAUAACUGCCUGUUAUGUUUGUAUAUAAAAGUUUAAAGUAAAACUCCUUAAAUGUUGCAUGAAGCUGAGACACUGUUUGACUAUAUGAAGUCACAGCCAUUCCUACACCAAAUGUGGUCAUUAAUAGUUGGCCUUGUGAAGAAAAUACAUGAGAAUUGAUGAAAUGCUGUUUCUUUCACCAGCCAAUCGGCUUCGCUGUUGCUACCCAGUGUUGUGUAAUUACUUCCUCAUUUCUUUUCUCUGGAACUGGUGAUGCAAUUCCAUAUAAAUACGUAAGCAUUGCUCAGCAGACUGUAGCUGUGGAACGAAACUCAGGUAGAGGUAUUUGUUUAUAAACAGGUAGAGGUAUUUGUUUAUAAACAGGUAGAGGUAUUUAUUUAUAAACAGGUAGAGGGAUUUGUUUGAAUGGGUAAAAAAGAUGUAACCGUGCAUCUUUCUGUAGAAAACAGUUAAAUCAGAUAUUUCUCAUGUUUUAGCCUGUGGAGUAUCCUGAGGUGUGUGUGAAUUCAAAGAACGUAGGGUGGGUGGAUACAGAAAAUGCUUGUUUGUGAAAUGAAUUAGUUGUACCUUAUUUAAUUAAAUGUAUGUGUCCCUAUACCAUGUCUUAUGAAACACACAACAUAAACCAAAACAGCUUCUUA